AGCGGUAUGUGCACCGCAACGUUUCUGCUGCAAAUAAGUGUUUUGUAAUUCAACGAAACGACGGUUGAAACUCGUCGUGGAGUAUUCUGUUGUUUCGAAAACCGAAACGGUUUACAGGAGAAUAAUUCGGUCGUGUAAAAGUCGAGAGAGUGGACGAAACGGUGGGUGUGCACGCAAGAGGGAACGGCUUGCCGGCUCGGCCAGUCUACUGGAAGAUUCCAUUGUGAGUGGGCUUUCAAAAAGUUUUAUCUCCGAAAAGCCAGUGUUUUCGCGCGUUUCGUCGUUCGCCCGUGGAUGAAACCUAUACGCCAAGUCGUCCAAUGGAUUAAGUCGACGUCGACGAUCCACGCGGAACCGAGGACAGCCCACCUCAAUUGCAACAGAAUUCCGCAGACUCUUCGACAGGGAAGUCGCGUAACGAUGUAAAGAAUAAUGUAACGUGUUGCCGUUGAGAUAACAGCAACAUUCGCGCCUCGAGACGAAACAGAAGAGACAGCAGAACGAGCAGAACGACGGGACAGGGAAUCAACCGAAAGACAGAAGGAGAUCGAUCGUUUUCUUUAAAAGCUCCUUCGACGAGGAAGAUUCUGACACUGGUCCUCGACGUACCUUAAGGACUACGUUAUUAAAUUAUAUUAAAUUAAAUACACAAUUUUCCAAAUCGGCUUCGAAAUAUCUCGUCGAAUUGAAGCCUGUGUAUUGUUUGUACGCGUUCGCGCGCAGGUCGCGAAUUUUCAAAGAUAUUAUAGAGGUGUAGAGAAAGAGGAGAAAUAUCGAGGAGAAGAUAAGACGAGAUGUACAGAGAUUCGAACAGUUCCUCGGCUAGCGGCACCUCCACAAAGGGCGACGAGGUCGAGAUCGUUAGCAGAUUUUUAGCGCCUUUAUGCGCGAGGGAUGAAACCGCCAGAAACAUCGCCCUGGCUGCGGCCAGGAACACCGUCGAGGGAUGGUUGGGGGGCGUUGGAAGCCCCAAUCACUGGGACGACACUGGUGAGAUGGAGGACGCUGAGGACCUCGGGGGGACGUUCAAGAGCCAAGAUGGAAGAUACGACAUGAGCGUGGAGCGCUCGCCGACGAAGUCGGCGCCGAAGAACGUGCAACAACUUCCGCAUCAGCAGCAGCUACUCCAGGACACGUUCAGGACGGAAGGUUUCUUCCCCCAGAGCGUCACGGAGAACCCUCCUUUUCUGGAGGACAGCAGUCUAGAGUGCAUAGAAAGAUAUCCGUCGGGCUCCUUCGAUUGCGUGGAUGGACGCUUGGGGAACGAGACUGGUUAUGGCACCCCAAACGAGAGGAGACGAUACGACGUGGGGAGCUACAGAUCGGGUCACUCGACGUCGUCAGAUGAGGGAAAGGGCUUCAAGAUCGAACAGGACCGAUGCCUGAGGUUCAAGGAAGGUUCAGAGACCCGUUUCGGGUCUAGCAGCGAGAGCGAGAGGAAGUACAUCGGGUCGUCGUCGAAUGAGAGAUUGAACGAAGUGACUUUGGAGGAUCGACCAAAGGCGAAGAAUUACGUGAAGGUGAAGGGGGCGAAGCAGAAGCAGUUGGAGGAUGACGAUCUGGACUCUGACACGAGGAUCUACGGAAAGAGUCCCAAGUUCGACGAUAAUCUGGCAGCUAACUUCGAUCGCAGAAAUUUGAAUUAUCGUCCCACAGGGGACGUUUUAUCGCGGGAUCGAAGGUGUUAUGAUAGCGGAGAUGACGUUUCCUUCGACGAGACAGAGAUCGCCAUCAGGAACCGCGACGGAGUGGUGUUCAACACGCUGGAUGGCUUUGAAAAUGAGAACGCGAACGAAAUCUAUCACAGACAACUCGACGACAAUCGGUCCGAAGACAUGAAGUUGCAGAAUUUUGAGAUCUUCGCUCGCGAAGAUGAUCACCUGGAGGAUCGUCAGCGCUGUGGACGGCCCGACCAGCCUCAGGAUUAUCUGCGCAAGAACGACGAGAGGAAGUUCAGCGCUGGUCAGAUCAAGAGGCCGCUCUCGCAGGACGAGGAUGUCUCUUUCAAGAGCGGUAGAGUGCUGGAGAGCCCUGACGUGACACCUGGGGACGUUGGCAGGAUGCUGAAUCUGGGAAACGCGCUGGACGGGCCUAGGCAGGCGCAGGCCAACAAGUACCUGAGCCUGGUGACGUUGCAUCUACCGGUGAUACUGAGGCUCAGCGUGAACUGUCCAUUUCAGAACGUAAGGAUCAAGUGUGCGGAGAUCCUGGAGAUGGUCAAGGACAGGGGACUGCCAGUGCCAGUGCCAGCUUUCGAUGGACCCAGUGCCUUCGUCCCUACGUUCGAGUUGCCGGAUCUGAACAAUCUCGAUGAAAAGACGCAUAUCCUGUUGAUGGAUGCGUUCCUCCAGAACAACAGGCUGGAUCAUGUCUCGAGGGUGAUGGCCUCGCAUCCCUCGUACUUGGAACACUUCCUCCGUACCCAACAUUUCAUCCUCAGGGGCGACGGACCGCUUCCAUACGACUACAGGCAUCUCAUUGCCAUUAUGGCCGCAGGUAGACACCAGUGCAGCUAUCUAAUAAACCUGCAGAAGGGAGAGUUCAUCCUCCAGGGUGGCGAUCCGUCGUGGCUGCGGGGUUUGAAAUCGAUUCCAGGAAAACUGCAAGAUCUCUAUGAGAUUAACAAGAUUCUAGCCCAUAGGCCAUGGUUGCUGAACAAAACGCACAUAGAGAAACUGACCAAAGGCGCGGACAGUUGGUCCUUAGCCGAGGUCGUUCACGCGAUAGUCCUUUUGGCCCACUUCCACUCCCUCUCGUCUUUCGUCUUCUCCUGCGGUAUCAACGAGGAGCUGGACAACGUAGCUGGCCACCAUUACAAACAGAAUCUUCAAGAGAAUAGCAAUAACGUACCAACUGCCAAAGACAAGCUUUCCAGUAGUCCCAAGAAGAUUCUCAACGGCGAUGGCAAGACUGAAAGCAUGUCGUCGCCGCCAUCCUCGCCCAGCAUAGUAGGCGAUCAGGAGGUGGGCGUCGAGGCACUGAUGGAGCGCAUGAAGCGCCUGUCGGAGAAGUCUGAAUCCUACCAAAUCACCCAGGAAGAGCUGUCGAAGAGAUUCGAGACCGUCGAGACGCAGUCCGCGGAGCUUGCAGCAGCGCCUCAGAGGAGUAGUUCUGUCCUCGACUCCGACAUAGGACACUUCAUCGAGGAUCCUACCUUCAUCUACCAGGACUUCGCCAAGCGGGGUCAGCUGAACGACAUACCGACCUUUCGAGUGCAGGACUACUCGUGGGACGAUCACGGCUACUCGCUGGUGAACCGUUUGUACAACGACGUCGGGAACCUCCUCGACGACAAGUUCAAGACAGCCUACAAUCUGACGUACUUCACGAUGGGCACGCACAGCAGGGUGGAUACGUCGCGUUUCAGGCGGGCCAUCUGGAACUACAUUCAGUGCAUGUUCGGUAUCAGGCACGACGAUUACGAUUACAACGAGGUGAAUCAGCUCCUCGAACGAAGCCUGAAGACUUUCAUCAAAAGCGCCGUGUGCUAUCCAGAACGCGUCACCAAGAGAGAUUACGAUCGCGUCAUGAGAGAAUUCAAGCAUAGCGAAAAGGUCCACGUGAACCUGAUGAUUUUGGAGGCACGAAUGCAAGCGGAGUUGUUGUACGCGCUCCGCGCGGUGAUGCGAUACAUGACCUAAGCGAGGACCGCGCCGCUCCCUUCGUCUACUUGCUGUCUGUCAGUCAGUUUGUCGUUGGUUUUUUUUUUAAUCGUAUAACUCGCGCCACGGAUUCGCGAGGCGUCUUCGCGGACUCUGCACACGGCACGGAAGGAACGAGCGAACGAGACACCGAUUCUCACACCCAAGUAUAUAAAUUAUAUAUUCUCACACGACCACACGCAACACCCACACCAUACAACACAGGACAGAAACAAAAAGCUCACGUUACCACACGUACCAAGCGCGUCAACCGAGGAUGAA